AUGCCAAGGCUGAUCUACGGGACAGCUUGGAAGAAAGAUCAAACGACGAAGUUGGUGAAGAGUGCAUUAACUCAUGGAUACAGGGGAAUAGACACUGCAUGUCAGCCCAAGCACUACCAGGAACAACUGGUCGGCAGGGCCAUCCAGAACUACAUGGAUUCAGCAAAAUUCCCGCGCGAGGAACUAUUCAUCCAGACCAAAUACACUUCUUUAAAUGGCCAAGAUCCGAAUCAUAUACCAUAUGACAAAAAUGCAUCAAUAGAAGAGCAAGUAAAACAGUCGAUCGCCAAAUCUCUGGAGAAUCUGGGAGUGACGUAUAUUGACUCGUUGGUGCUGCAUGGACCCAUGAGGGACCACCUUGAAAACAUGAAAGUGUGGAGAGAAUUUGAAAAGGCAGUGGAUAAAUCUGAAGUGAAGCAAAUAGGCGUCAGCAACUUCUAUGAUCUUCAGUCACUGAGCGCUCUGUACACUGAAGCAAGAAUCAAGCCAGCUGUGGUUCAAAACAGAUUCUACCGAGCCACCGGCUUCGACAAAGCUCUAAGAGCAUGGUGCAUUAAAAACGGAGUCAUAUACCAGUCUUUUUGGACUCUCAGUGCAAAUCCAGAGUAUAUGGCACAUCCUUCUGUGAGGAAAGCAGCGAGCGAGCUAAACGUGACACCUGAACAGGUUUUCUUCCGAUUUGUGAUGGACUUGGGAAUCUGUCCGCUGACUGGAACCAAAAGUCCCCAGCACAUGCAGGACGAUCUUGCUGUUCUGGAUCUGAAAUUGGAACAUGAAAAUUUUGAAGCUAUUCGCAAAGUUGCGGGGUUGUGA